AGCAAUUAACGUUGUGAUAGAAAGAUCUGACUUAGCAAGGAGGGCUAAAUUAGCGCUCGUCCAGGUUGUAAUGUAAACCAUGCAGAGGAGUCAGGUGUAGCCUUAUCCAUUACAAGAGCAGCAAUGGAUUUUCCAAUUGCUAUGCCUGCCCGUGCAUUUUCUCGACCGUCGCGAUACUACACCAGUCAUAUCUUCAGUUUAAAAGCAUUUUCGGAUGGCCGUUAUGGUCGAAGGGAGCUUGCUUUCAGAGGACUUCGUGCAUUUCGUAUUCCCGAAAGACUCAAUUGUGAAAAAUCAUGUAAACACAUUCCUCCUAUCGAGAGUGGAAAUGAAGGUAUUGUGGAAAAUAUUUAUCAUGGAGUUUGUUCCCAAAUCAUACUUUCAAAUCGGAGGCUAUUCUUUUUCAGCAUGAUGUUUUCUUAUUUGGCUCCAUCUUUCAGGUACUUAUCAGCAUAUGCUCUGGGGGAUCCAACAGUAACCAUUGAAGAAGUGACACCACCUGUUUCACCUACUGGGAAACUUUACCCAUCUGAGGAGAGAACUGUGGAGCUCUUUGAAAGGAACACUUAUUCUGUGGUUAAUAUUUUUGAUGUAACCCUACGCCCUCAAUUGAACAUGACAGGAAUGGUUGAGGUUCCUGAAGGCAAUGGUUCUGGAAUAGUCUGGGAUGAACAAGGUCAUAUUGUGACAAAUUAUCAUGUGAUUGGUAAUGCUCUCUCAAAGAAUCCCAGCCGCAACCAAGUUGUAGCCCGAGUUAAUAUUCUUGCAUCUGAUGGGGUUCAGAAGAGUUUUGAGGGUACAUUGGUUGGUGCAGAUCGUACAAAGGAUCUAGCUGUUUUGAAGAUAGAUGCCCCCAAUGAGCUUUUGCGGCCAGUUGAAGUUGGGAAAUCAUCCACACUCAAAGUAGGUCAACGAUGCCUUGCAAUUGGCAACCCAUUUGGUUUUGACCACACUUUGACUGCCGGGGUUCUUAGUGGAUUGAACCGGGAAAUAUUUAGUAAAGCGGGUGUGACUAUUCGUGGUGGUAUUCAGACAGAUGCAGCAAUCAAUCCUGGAAACAGUGGUGGUCCUCUACUAAACUCUAAAGGAAAAGUAAUUGGGAUCAACACCGCAAUAUUUACUCAAACAGGGACAUCGGCAGGAGUAGGUUUUGCUAUUCCAUCUGACAUAGUCCUUAAAAUUAUACCUCAGUUGAUCCAAUCUGGAAAGGUAGUCCGUCCAGGUUUGAAUAUAGAGAUAGCUCCAGAUGCGAUUGCAAAUCAAUUAAAUGUCAGAACUGGGGCUCUUGUAUUGUCGGUUCCUGGUGAAAGUGCCGCAGCAAACUCAGGGUUGAUUCCAACAAAGAGAGGAUUUGCUGGUAAAAUAAUUCUUGGCGAUGUAAUAAUUGGAGUCGCGAAUUCACCUAUAAAAAAUGCUACAGAACUUUCCAAAGUUUUGGAAGAUUAUAGUGUGGGAGAUAAGGUGGUACUAAAAGUUCAACGAAACACUGGCAUGGUAGAAAUACCAUUAACUCUAGAAGAGAGCAGACUAUAAAAUUCGGUGGACAAACGAAUAUCUUAUUUAAAGAACAACAAAAACAGAGAUAUAUAAUUGCACCAUCUUGUACAGUCAAUAGUCUUAAUCAUUCCAUUUUUCUUGUAUUUUUGUAUGGUUUAUAAGCUCUUAGAAAAUUAGGCAAUCAAGUAUGCUAUCCUCAACGGGGCUUUUUGGCACAACCAUUUAAAUUGGUUGUUAGUCAUGUAACUUUUCUCAAAUCGGCAAGUUAUGAUUUGUACAAGAUCUUUUUCUUUAUGUUUUCAA